AUGGCGGCCGAAGCUGACGGGCUGCUCAAACGGGUGCUGGUGCCGCUUCUUUUACCUGAGAAAUGCUACGACCAAUUUUUCGUCCAGUGGGAUUUGCUUCACAUCCCCUGCCUGAAGAUUCUCAUCAGCAAAGGCCUGGGGCUGGGCAUUGUAGCUGGGUCACUUCUGGUAAAACUGCCUCAGGUGCUUAAAAUCCUUGGAGCCAAGAGUGCCGAAGGGCUGAGCCUGCAGUCUGUAAUGCUGGAACUAGUGGCAUUGACUGGGACCAUGGUCUACAGCAUUGUCAACAACUUCCCCUUCAGCUCUUGGGGUGAAGCACUAUUCCUGAUGCUCCAGACAAUCACCAUCUGCUUCCUGGUCCUGCACUACCGAGGACAAACUGUGACAGGUGUGGCUUUCCUAGCGGGUUACGCUCUGGUCCUGCUGAUACUGCUUUCUCCACUGACGCCCCUGGCCGUGAUCACCAUACUCCAGGCCUCCAAUAUGCCUUCUGUGGUGGUGGGGAAGCUGCUCCAGGCAGCCACCAACUACCGCAAUGGGCACACGGGCCAGCUCUCAGCCGUCACAGUCUUUUUGCUCUUUGGGGGCUCCUUGGCACGAAUCUUCACCUCCAUUCAGGAAACGGGAGAUCCCCUCAUGGCUGGCACCUUUGUGGUCUCUUCCCUCUGUAACGGCCUCAUUGCUGCCCAGCUCCUCUUCUACUGGAAUGUGAAGGCACCUCGCAGGAAGAAAGAGGAGUAG